AAGGACUUUGCUGGAGGUACCCGCCUGAAAGGAGUCCUGCUUUGUCACCAUGAAAGCUUGGCUGGGCAGCCUCUUAUUCCUUGCCACCAUGGUGAUAGCAUCCAAAGCAGUAUGUACUACUGAAAAGCUUGAGAUAUUUCCAAACCUAAUGUCUGAUGACUGCAUGGAUGCUGACGGUAACAAGCAUUUCCUCAACAUUCCCUGGAAGAAGAACUGCUCGUGGUGUUCAUGUGAUGAAACAUCAAUCACCUGCUGCACUAAUGCUACUAGGCCUUUGAGCUAUGACAAAGACAACUGUGACGAACAAUUCCACCCAGAGAACUGCACCUACAGUGUGGUGGAUCGGAAGAACCCAGGAAAGACCUGUCGAGUUGACAGCUGGACAGUGUAAAUGUGCUUCUUGUGGGCCCAAAAAUGGAGCAACAAUUGAACCUUGUAUGACUUAAAUUUACCAAUCAUAAGCUUGCAAGCAGGUGACCUAUGAUCCCAGCACUCAGAAGGCAGAAAAACUGAAAUAAAUAAACAAG